CGUAGAAGGCGAGGCAAUUGAUUAAGACAUUGGGUUUUUAUAUAAAUCGAAAAACCCUACACAAAGCCAUCAUCUUUUUGUCUUGGCCUCAAGACCAUAGACACGGCUGACGGCCGAAUAGCUCUCUUUCUUGCUUGCAGAAGCCAUGGCCCCCAAAACCAAAUCCCGAUUAGUAGACCAGCCUCCUUCUGCAUCCUCUUCUGAGGAACAAGAACAGGUUGAAGAAUCGCAGGAAGAAGGAGAAGAAGAACAAUCCGGGGAGGAAGAAGGAGAAGGAGAAUCUGGGGAAGAAACUGAAGAAGACGAAGAACCCAAGACAGCCCCUCCAGUUGAAAAGAGACCCAUUACUCAAAAACCAGUUCAAACCCCACAGAAACCCCAAUCUUCUUCUGAGUCUAGAAGCGAAGAUGGGGCAGGAUCCGAAUCGGAAUCGGAAUCGGGCCAUUCCCUGCCUUCCCCUUCUGCAUCAGACUUCACCGUCAAGCCGAUUGUUCCUGCAAAAGCUGCUGCCGCAUCGAAACCAGCAGCAAAGAGGCCGCAAGAGACGCAGAAAGAGAAAGGGAGGAAGAAACCCAAGAUUGCAGAAGAAGAGGAGAAAAGGUCAGCUGCCACUCCUCGCAGUCUAUGGAGCGAUGAAGACCAGCUUGCUCUACUCAAAGGUAUGGCUGAAUACAAGGCGCAAAAAGGUACUGAACCUAAUGCCGAUAUGUCUGCUUUUCAUGAAUUCAUCAAGGGGAAGUUGCAGGUCGAAGUUUCAAAGAGUCAACUCAGUGACAAGCUUAGGAGGUUAAAGAAGAAAUUUUUGACCAAUGUGAAAGAUGGUGAGGAACCAGUUUUCUCUAAGGGUCAGGAUUUUUUAGUUUUUGAGCAUUCAAAGAAGAUUUGGGGCGUCCCUGGAACUAAUAAUGGAGUUAAGGAGAAUGUUAACAAUAGCACUAAUGGAAAAGCUAAAAAGACUGUUGAGGUUAAAAAGAGUUCUGAACCUAAGAAAAGUGCUAAAGUUAGUAAACCAAAGGAUAAUGAGAAACAUAAGGAAGAAGAGAAACAUGUUGCUGUAAAAGAGGUGGUUAAGGAGGAUAUAGUUAAGGGUGAUCAACAGAAUUUCCAGUCCAAAUAUCCACGUUUGGCUGCAUCAUUUGAAAGUAUGGCUGGCAUGUCUACAAUCUAUCCGAAUGGUACAAGUUUGUUGAAGAAGAAGAUGAGUUUGAUUGCUAGUGACAAGGCUAAAGUGUUGGAGGAGAAGUGGAAGAAACUGGAGGAUGAUGAAGCUGCCUUAAUGGUGAAGCGCUUAGAUUUGAUUGCGGAGCAUUACAGAUUGGUGGUUGAUGCGACGAGAGGUAACUAGAUGCUGAUGGAUCAUGUUUCAUUUGAUGCUGCAAGUUCUUGUACCGUUUCUGUGGAGUUUUAGAUUUUGUUUUAUAUAGUCUUGUCUCUCAAGGCAAUUUCUUCUCGUGUUGAUGAACUUAUGAUUAGUCCGCGAGGUAGAUUUAGUUUUUCAGGUUUAUUCAUACAUUUUAUCGCUUCUUUAGUUUUACUAUUGAGAUGGUUUGGAUGAUACCCGCUGUGUUGCUUCUUAUAUUUGUUAGUGUGGUAUGGAGAUGUGAUUAGCUCUAUAAAGGGGUUGCAAUGAAAUGCCUAGACAUUCCUAUCAUUAUGUGACAUUGACACCAUAUGUUGCAAUCAUGCAUCAUAUAAUGCCAUGUAUGGUGGAAGCAAGCUUAGGAACAGCUGAUGUGAAAUGUCUGGAGACGUUCUGUAAUAUUUCAUUUCCUAUUCCAGAUGGAAAUAUACUUAAUGCUAUCUUUCUCAGUUUUUGCA